AUAGGGAUAUUUCCUUUAGGCUGCAUUUGUGUUGGCUAUUCUAAAUCUGUAAAAAUGGCGGCUUUAAAAACUGAAAUUGAAGCCGAUGAAAAUGAAAAAGAGGAGGUCGGUGAAGACGCAUUAGACGAUGUCAACGACAACACAAGUGGCAAAAAGAAACGGAGGAAGAAGAAAAAGAAAAAAGAAGGGGAAAAUGAGGUUCCCUCACUAAACGAGGAGAAUACAGGUGACACGAACGAGGGAGCCGCCGAUGAGAAAGCAAAUUCCGCGGAAAAUGAAGCGGACAAAAAGAAGAAGAAGAAAAGUAAGAAAGGAAAGGGGGGAAAGUCUGCACAAACAGAUCCUCCUUCAAUUCCGAUUGCGGAUUUAUUCCCCAAUCAAGUAUUUCCUGAGGGAGAGAUAAUGCAGUAUGCUCCGAGUAAAGACGAUCGUACCGCAAAGGAUCGUUUUACAUCUGAAGAGAAACGAGCUUUGGAUCGCAUGCAAAAUGAUACUUACAAUGAAGUUAGAUUAGCUGCUGAAGCUCACAGACAGACACGUCAACACAUGCAACGCUGGAUUAAGCCGGGAAUGACGAUGAUAGAAAUUUGUGAAGAGCUGGAAAAUACAGCCAGAAAGCUAAUUAAAGAGAACGGCCUGCAGGCAGGUCUCGCGUUUCCCACAGGCUGCUCGCGAAACCACUGUGCAGCGCACUACACUCCAAACGCCGGUGAUCCCACUGUUUUAGAAUAUGACGACGUGACAAAGAUAGACUUUGGAACGCACAUUAAUGGACGAAUAAUAGAUUGUGCAUUCACUCUCACUUUUAAUCCGAAAUACGACAAACUUGUAGAGGCCGUUCGCGACGCUACAAAUACGGGAAUUCGAACUGCAGGAAUUGAUGUGCAGUUGUGCGAAAUUGGGGCGGCAAUUCAAGAAGUUAUGGAGUCGUAUGAAGUGGAAUUAAAUGGAAAAACUUAUCCGGUCAAGUCCAUUCGUAAUUUAAAUGGGCACUCCAUUUCUCCAUAUCGAAUUCACUCUGGCAAAACUGUGCCAAUUGUAAAAGGCGGAGAGGCAACUGUAAUGGAAGAAAAUGAGUUUUAUGCAAUUGAAACUUUUGGUUCAACCGGAAGAGGAGUGGUUCACGAUGAUAUGGAUUGUUCUCACUACAUGAAAAAUUACGACAUGCCUUCUUAUGUGCCAUUGCGAUUAAACUCUUCCAAAGGUCUGCUUAACAUUAUUAACAAGAACUUUGGCACACUGGCAUUUUGUAAAAGAUGGCUGGACCGUGCUGGUGCAACGAAGUAUCAGAUGGCGUUAAAAGAUUUAUGUGACAAAGGGAUAGUGGAUGCGUAUCCUCCUCUCUGUGACAUAAAAGGAUGUUAUACUGCCCAAUUUGAACAUACAAUUAUUCUGCGACCUACCUGCAAGGAAGUUGUAUCACGUGGAGAUGAUUAUUAAUUUGAAUGUAUUGUACUGAUUAUUUUGCUAAAUAACGCUUAAAUUUUGGAUGUAAAUUAAUUUUUGUACAUAAACUCAUGCAAAAAUGUUA